AUGUCAGAAACAGACUUAAGCCUAGUUAAUGGCCAUGGGCCAGUCAGCAGCUCGCAGCGUGUGGUCAAACCCAGCGCCAAGAAACGACGUCCUCCAUUGGCCUGUGUUCAGUGCUAUCAGCGUAAACUGAAAUGUGGGAAGGAGUUUCCAUCCUGUGGCCGUUGCUUGAAGACAGGAAACGCUGGCCAGUGCACUUACCGCAGGAGUUCAACGGAGUACUCGUCGGCACAUGGGGCACUCGGCGAUGGACACGCUAGGGGUGCUGGUGCUAUGCCAACGUCAUUGCACACACCAGUCUCCUUGAUGGAGACACCAGAAGACAGCCGGAUAUCGUCCAACUUAGAUGGCAAAAUGACACAUUUAAGAGGACAAGAACCUAUCACCAAGUUUUAUGGAUAUAGCUAUCCUCUAAACUUUUACCAACAGUUUACGGAGCUUCGGCCUUACAUAGCUCGCAUCAAAUCUGAGCACACGGCGAUCAACACCCUUCGCGAUGAGAUCUAUCCUCUCACCAAUGAUGAAUACCGUCUUCAUCCGUCAAUACAAGAUACUGUGCUGACGGACACCUUGAGGCGUCUAAUUCCCAUCAAGCCAGUCGCGGAUACACUAGUACAGACUUAUCUCGACAAGUUUGAGGUCACCUAUCGAGUGCUCAAUAAAUCAGCUUUCAUGGCUGAUUACAAUCAGCACUGGAUAAGUCCGCUCUCUACACCCGCUCCAUUUUUGGUGCAAUCUCUCUUGGUGACAGCCAUCGCAGCCAGCUUUCAUCCAGAAAUCUGCAUCGACCCGACAAACCAAACGACUGUUCACAAUCAAGCACUUGAUUGGAUUGAGACUGCGGAAUCUUGGCUUGAUUCCUCGACUAAUCAGCGCCCUCAAUCCUGGGACAACUUGGCGACUCAUUGUCUGUUGCUUAUUGCCAAACGUGCACAUUAUUUUCAAGAGGGCUUCUUCUGGACACACACUGGAGCAUUGGCUCGGUCGGCUAUGGCGGCCGGGUAUCACCGUGAGACUGGCCCGACAGCAAGAAUCUCACCCUAUUAUCGGGAGAUGCGUCGACGACUAUGGAUGACGAUCGUGGAACUUGAUCUGCAAGCCUCGGUGGAGCGGGGAAUGCCCCCAAGUGUCCGACCGGAAGACUUCAACAUAAUAUCACCGCUGAAUGUUGACGAUGAUAGUCUCCAGCAGUCAAACCGAGAUCCCCUGGAAGGUGUAACGCUUGCUAAAUUAACAGACACGUCCUUCCAGGCCAUUAUGUAUCGUUCUUUGAAUCUGAGACUGAGGAUUUGCGCGCUCGUCAACGGAUGCCACGAUCAGGAGGAUUUUGACCAGGUUUUAAACUUCGAAGAGGAGUUUGAAAAGGCUCUCCAGGAUAUCCCGGAAUGGAACGACCCCCAAGGCAAUCCACGACAACAGCAAGCUUGCUCUUACGUCAAUAAAUUACUGAAAAUUCACAUCCACCAGUACAAGAUCUUGCUGCACAUCCCAUUCUCAAUCCAAACUCCGCCUUCAUUCAAAUCCGCAAUCUGCCGACGUGCAAGGUUGGAUGCAUGCUUGAAGCUCCUUGGUCAUCAUCAAGAUAUGAUACAUGACGGAAUAAUUCCAAGCCAAGCUUGCAGGACUGGGAUUUUACUUGCUUCACUGAAUCUUUGCCAUGAAAUCUACACCAAUGUCGGGCCUUGUGCCUUAAAAGAAUCGACUUCCAUUACAACAUUUCCCCAAAUCUCAGCGUUCAUGUUGACUUCUGUUGAGCAGGCACUACAGAUUUUGGAAAGGAAGGUCAUUUUGACAUUCCACGGUUUGAAUGAAUACUACGUACUCAGUAUGAUGAUUGGCUUAUUAAAGUCAAAGCUUUUUCCUGAAUCACGCGCAACAUACGACAAGGAGGCAGGAAACAGAGUGGUUCAGCUCUGCAAAACGUUGAAGAAUCAACAAGCUGUCGUCCAACCACAUCCUGGUUUGCCCACUGAAGUAGAUGAUGAAAGACUACGUACAGUUGACCACCAAGAUGAUGGAAUCUCUGUCGUUCGCGACAGCGCGACAGAACUAUUUAGCUCAAUGUUCCAAGAAGAUUUGUGGUUUGCUAACGAUGGUACUGAUUUCGCCUUUUUCAAUGUAUAA